AUGCCUGGCUAUAUGUUCAACAUUGACGGUGGCUAUCUGGAGGGCCUUUGCCGUGGGUUCAAGUGCGGCAUCCUCAAGCAGGCCGACUAUCUCAACCUGGUGCAGUGCGAAACGCUCGAGGAUCUGAAGCUGCAUCUGCAGGGUACGGACUAUGGUCAGUUCCUUGCCAACGAACCGUCCCCACUGGCGGUGUCCGUGAUUGACGACAAGCUGCGGGAAAAGCUGGUGAUUGAGUUCCAGCAUAUGCGCAACCAUGCCGUUGAGCCGCUGUCCACCUUCUUGGACUACAUCACGUACAGCUACAUGAUCGAUAACAUCAUCCUGCUGAUCACGGGUACGCUUCAUCAGCGCCCGAUUUCGGAGCUCAUCCCGAAGUGUCACCCGCUCGGUAGCUUCGAGCAGAUGGAAGCGAUCCACGUCGCAGCAACGCCGGCCGAGCUGUACAAUGCGGUAUUGGUUGAUACGCCACUGGCCCCGUUCUUCGUCGACUGCAUCUCCGAGCAGGAUCUGGAUGAGAUGAACAUCGAGAUCAUCCGUAACACGCUGUACAAGGCGUACCUGGAGGCGUUCUACGACUUUUGUAAGAACAUUGGUGGCACCACCGCAGACGUUAUGUGUGAAAUUUUGGCGUUCGAAGCGGAUCGGCGUGCGAUCAUCAUCACGAUCAACUCGUUCGGUACGGAGCUGUCCAAGGACGAUCGGGCGAAGCUAUAUCCACGCUGCGGACGCAUGAACCCGGACGGUUUGGCUGCACUGGCACGGGCAGAUGAUUACGAACAGGUGAAGGCGGUCGCUGAGUACUACGCUGAGUACGCGGCCCUGUUUGACGGUUCGGGCAACAAUCCGGGCGACAAAACGCUGGAGGACAAGUUCUACGAGCACGAGGUGAAGCUGAACAUGUACGGUUUCAUGCAGCAGUUCCAUUUCGGUGUGUUCUACUCCUACCUGAAGCUGAAGGAGCAGGAAUGUCGUAACAUCGUAUGGAUUGCGGAGUGUGUCGCCCAGAAGCAUCGGGCCAAGAUCGAUAAUUACAUUCCCAUCUUCUAA